AUGACGGUGGUCCACGCCGGCUUCUUGAGCCACUUUGUGCAGUGCUUGAGCUCGAAAGACGACGUUCUCUCGCUGCUCACCGCGCUGCCGCGCGACGAGCUUGAUGCACCUUUGGCCGCGCUUCGGACACUCUUGACGACGCCCUCGAGCGCGCACAAGGCGCCAUGGCCGCACGUCUGCAUCGAAGACAUGGACAGUCAGCACAUUUCGACGGUGCUCACAGCGCUGCCAACGAUUCGCUUGAUUUCCAUCCGUAAUCUCGACAGGCUGUGUGAGGUGCUGCGCGAAGCUACCAACGAGCCUGAUAGUUCUCCGUACGCAGCAGCAAUUGCGUUUGCCACAAGAUGGGGCCACAAGGUCACGACCAUCGCUCUCUGGAUGUGGCCGCAAGACAACAGUGCCGAGGCGCUCGCAACCAUCAUUCGACAUUGCACAUCCAUCUGCGCGAUCGGCGUCAGCGCCGUUGCGUUGGACCCAGCGUGCAUCAAGGCCGCCAUCUUCGCGGCCCAGCACGCCAAAAAGAUACACUACGCAUCGAGAAAUGGAGACGUGUACGACUGCGGGGAUUGGCGACAACUCUUUGGCGCCUGGCUCGCGUCGGGGCAUGCGACGGAGCUCCGUCUUGAUGGCCUCACAAGUGAUGACAACAUUGGCUUCGCACGAGCGAUCGCCGCUGCGACGUCGCUCACGAGCCUCAAGCUUACCAACACACCAGACUUGCUACAAGGACUCGUCGAGGCCGCUGUCCCGCUCAUGUACAUUACGCAGCUCCGUCUCGUCAUCGACCAUGAAGACGGCGCCCUUGCGGACGCGCUUCUCACGAAUUGGAUCACUCUCCCGGCCCUUCGCGUUCUCAAGCUCCGCUCCGAGGACAGCGCCGACGUGACGUUUGUUCUGCAGCUACUGCCGCGGCUCGUCAUGCUGGAUGAGCUCUCGUUUGAGACAUGCACGCUGCGGAGUGUGCCUGCGUUGCGAGAGGCGCCGGCGCCGUGCCGCCUGCGCAUCUUGAGUACGCGGACGCUGCAGUGUGACGGAGACGAUGACGCGUGCCUGGAUCUCUACGCGUGGGCCGCACGCUCGCCAUAUCUUCAGGUUGUCAACGUGGAAGCCACCGACGCGGUGUGGCGCAAGCCCGUGCUCUUUGGCCGCCAGCUUCGUCGAUGGAUCCAAGACGGCGUCGAUCGCAUCUCUCUGCAAGACUGCGACGUGGACGACAAGAACAUCAUUGCCAUUGCCGUCACCAAGACGAUCGCCAAGAUUUGGACACCUGGGCGACACGAUUUCACCUACGACUCCAUCACGACAUAAACGAUCGAUUGACCAUCCGUAGCCCCUUUUAACAUCGGUUGGAUCCGGACUAAAAAUCAAAAGCAAGUAAUUUUUCUCCCUUUCUAUUCAUGGCAAC